UCUCUAUAUUAAUAUACAGUAUCUAGACCUUCAAGGACAAAUCUAAGGCUUCCAUGACGACUGAGAAGUAAAUCUAUGCAAUGAAAUGAAAGCAAGUAACUUCCUCCCCACAACAACAAUUACUACCAUCUUUGAAGUUUGAGCUCAAGAUCCCAAAAGCACCCAAAGUUUUUUAGAUAGAGAAAACACACAAGAAACAGAACCAUGAGUAAUUGGCUGGGAUUCUCUCUCACUCCCCACCUGAGAAUCCAUGAAGGCUUUGAUGGAAGAGAAGAAGAUCAGCAAGAACAAGACCAUGGAGUUGUGGGUUUCCCUCCUCACAUGUCAGUCAUGCCUUUGCGCUCUGAUGGUUCUCUUUGCUUUGCUGCUGACCCUUUCAGGCGUCCUAAUGGUUCUGAAGAUUGGAGGUCUUAUGAGAAUAGCAUGGUGGGUGCAACAAGUGUGACAAACCCAGUUGAUGAUGAUGAAGAGGGUCCUAAGCUCGAGGAUUUCUUGGGAAGUUGCUACUCAAACUCACCACCUGGUGAUGAAACCAAAGUUUACUGCCAAAACCAAGAGGACUCUAAAAUUAAUGUCAAUGAGGCCCCAAAUUUCAGCAACCCUAAUAGUGAAAUAGAAGCCAAUUCCACAGACCCAUCUCAUCAUCAGAGCUUGAUUCAGCCUUACAGCCAUUACUAUGCAAACCCACAAAGUGGCGGUGCCCUUGUCCCGUGUACCAAUGGCAUGUACAAGUCUUGGUUAGGCCAGACUGUAGUGGUUCCAUACGCUGAUGUAAAAUCACCAUCUGAUCAGGAAAAUGGUAGCAAUAACUUUCAGUCUAAUCUCUCACUGACUAUGAGUCCGACCUUGCAAAAUGGUGGUAUGCUUCCAAUUUCUCAAGUGCAAAUGGUGGAGAGCAAGAAAAGGCCAGGUGGGAAGUCCUCCGCAAGAGAACCAGUCACUCGCAAAUCUAUUGAUACUUUUGGGCAGAGAACUUCUCAGUAUCGUGGUGUAACAAGGCAUAGAUGGACUGGGAGAUACGAGGCCCAUCUGUGGGAUAACAGUUGCAGAAAAGAAGGACAAACAAGGAAAGGAAGGCAAGUUUAUCUUGGUGGAUAUGAUAAGGAAGAAAGAGCAGCAAAGGCUUAUGAUUUAGCUGCACUCAAGUAUUGGGGUCCAACUACUCAUAUUAACUUCCCUAUAAGCACUUAUGUGAAAGAGCUGGAAGAGAUGAAGACCAUGACAAGGCAAGAAUUUGUAGCCAACUUGAGGAGGAAAAGCAGUGGGUUUUCAAGGGGAGCUUCUGUGUACAGAGGAGUGACAAGACACCAUCAACAUGGAAGGUGGCAAGCUAGAAUUGGAAGGGUUGCUGGAAACAAGGAUUUGUACCUUGGAACAUUUAGCACACAAGAAGAAGCAGCUGAGGCUUAUGACAUAGCAGCAAUCAAGUUUAGGGGCACAAGUGCUGUGACCAACUUUGACAUGAGUAGGUAUGAUGUAAAGAGGAUUUGCUCAAGCUCCACACUCAUUACAAGUGACCUGGCCAAACGCCCGUCACCAAAAGACCCGGCUCCAGCAGCACCAAAUGAUCAGGAGUUCAAUUCUUGUGCUUCAUCUACUUCUUCACAACCCCUUUUGGCCAUAACAAACAGCGAAGAACCUUGUGAUGAGAAUUUGGCUGAAAUGGUGUGGAAUGACAAUCCAAACUCUGAGGCCAACACUGUGACAUUGGCUGCCGCUUCAGGCAGCAGGAAUUCUUCUUGCCCUCAAAGCCCUAAAUGCUGCGAAUUUGGAUCCAACAGUGAGUUUGGUCUCAGUGUAGGUGACUAUUCUCAUGCUUAUUUCAGCUCUCUGCAGGGUGCUAAGUAUGAAGAUGGCAAUGGUGGUAGUGACCAUAGCCGGCUUGGGAAUCUUGGGUUGGUUCAACAGGUCCCUAUGUUUGCAUUGUGGAAUGAUUGAGAACAAGUGUGUUAUGGGAUCGAGAAGCGCAAAUUACUCUAGGAAUUGGUUAAUUUGUGGUGGAAAUGAAGCUUAUGCUAGGUACUAGGCACUAGGUAGGUGGUAGUAAAAAACAAUGUUAGAAGGAAAUAUGGAUUUUAAUCGGCCAGGUUCUUGCAGUUAAUGUUUUGGGGUUAGAUAUUAUUAACUGUAAUGGAAGUUGCUUCAAAGAAAAACAAAGUUCAGCGGCACCUUUUGAAAGAUGAA